AUGCAGAAGAGCACAGUUGGGUUUAUAGUGGUCACAGUCUGCCUGAUCUGCCCAUCUUGGGCAGCUGCUUCAGGGGAGGAUAAAUCCCCAAAAUCCCUGAGCAUAGAUGGAGUUCAAAAACAAAAUCUGAAGCUACUGACCGAGCAGCUUAAUCGCGGCUGGCGGGCUUUCUGUGACGCCCCUGUGGACGAGGGUGUUAUGUCCCUCUUCCAGGGCAUCAAUCCCAGCGAUGCCCGCCUCCAUGUGAUGACAAUUACCAAUCAAAGCGUUGAGCUGCCCAUCAAGUCCAUAUCCCAGAUUAAGGACUUUGAUAUCAGUCCGGAACGCAAGACCCUUGUCUAUGUGAAUGCCUUUCACACCGCCGAUAGCUACUUCAGUGUCCAGGAGCACUUGACCCUGCUCCAGAAUAGCCGCCGGGAUCUCAAUGUCAUUGUGGUGGACUUUGCCAAGGAUGUGGCCCAACUGUACUAUGCAGUUCGUCAUCAUCUCUCCGUCGAUGGUUACUUUGUUUACAAGCUCGUUAGAGCUCUAUUGGAUGCAGGCAUAUCGGCUCAGGACAUUACCCUGGCAGGACACUCGGUGGGUGCCAAUAUAGCCGCUUUGGGCGCCAAACUUUUUGUCAAGGAAACCAAACAGUUAGUGGGACAACUGAUAGCCAUAGAUCCAGCCACAAUGUGUCGCACCACUGACAUUCUGGUGAAGCAGGGAGUGGCCGCCAGAGUGGUUACGAUCCAUGGCGAGGGCGAUGUCUUUGGUGUGAGGGUGCCGCUGGGUCACAUUGAUAUUUAUCCCAAUGGUAUAGGAUACUUUCCCAGGAGGAAACUCCAGCCUGGCUGUGAGUCCAAGGUCUGCAGUCACAUGUAUCCCUUUGUGCUCUUCAUGGAGGCUCUUAUCGAGGGCGUCAUGAUCCCGGCCACCAAAUGCGAUAGUUGGGCCAAGUUCCGGCAGGGCGACUGCAAUUACCAGAAUACCAUCAAUAUAGGUCUUGUAUACCCAGCCACAGCCAAGGGUCUGUACUUUUGUCUGACACAACCCAAUCCUCCUUUCACCUACAUGGAGCAUGGUCUUCGGUAUAAAACUAGACGUCCUGAGAAGUCUUCCAAAUCCUCUUAGAUUCUUGUAUUAAGUUGUGUAAAUUGUAGUUUUUAGUUA